AACUGCUCACUGCCGCCAUCACGGUUGUGCGUCCCGUCAGCGUGUGUUAGAAGAGGUCUACCUGUCCAGGGCUACAGUGGAAAAAUGGCCAGCUUGUGUGCUCGAGUAGUGAGGCAGAGCUACUCUCUGGUAGCUUCACCAGCGUUAAUAAGAGCGUCUCCACGCUUGUUAUGCACAGCAACCCAGCAGAAGAACGGGCCUGGGCCGGCAGAGGAGGAGGCUGAGAAGCCGGAGCCCAGCGCAGCAGAGACGCUGCUAGUGGAGGAGAAGAACCAGCUGCAGGAGCAGCUCAAGGACAUGACGGAAAAGUACAAGCGGGCCUUAGCAGACACAGAGAACCUGAGGACGAGGAGUCAGAAGAUGACGGAAGAUGCUAAAUUAUACGGGAUCCAGGGCUUCUGUAAGGACCUGCUGGAGGUGGCGGACAUCUUGGAGAAGGCCACAGAGAGCGUGCCCAAGGAGGAGGUGACGAGCCAGAACCCUCACCUGAAGAACCUGUACGACGGCCUGGUGAUGACCGAGGUCCAGAUCCAGAAGGUGUUCACCAAGCACGGCCUGAUCAAACUCAAUCCAGACGGCCAGAAGUUCGACCCCUACGAGCACGAGGCCCUCUUCCACGCCCCGGUGGACGGCAAGGAGCCCGGCACAGUCGCCAUGGUCACCAAAGUGGGCUACAAGCUUCACGGUCGCACCCUCAGGCCAGCAUUGGUGGGCGUGGCCAAAGCCCCCUAAAAGUGAUGGUGUAACUUUGAAAAAGUGGGAUUUGCUUUGUUGCCUCAGUGAUGGAUGGCCCCAGGUACAGCAGACUGGUCAGAGAGACUGGAACACACCUGGACUGAACUUUGUAUCUGGACAAUAUAUCCACUAGUUUUUAACAGAUACUUUCACACUCUCGUCAUGCACAGGACAGUCUCUACAGUAGAAUCUGCGCUUGUCACCAGUCUUGUUAGUAAUUUCGGAGUCAGCAGGCAGAGGCUUUAAAUGUUUUGCCCCACAAGGAACUGAAAAACAUACAGGUGAAAUAUGUUUGUCACUUUGACCUAUGAUGUAAAAAUCCAUCCACAAAUUAAGUAGUACUGAUUCUAAACUGCCUAUUUCAUUCCAGAUUGUUGUUU